CGGCCGUGACGGUGGCGGCGGCGGCGGCGCCGGGGCCGGGGCCUGGGCCGAGCCCGGCCCGAGGCGCUGCUGAGGGGCUCCUCUCGUCGUCCCUGCCCGCCUCCCUUUUCCGCACGGUGCAUAGAGUUAAAGACCCACAAAUAGCCAUGGAUAGAAGAGGUGGGGGAGAGACGGAAAAUGGUGAAACCUUCCUUGACCUGAAGAAGCUACCAGCAUCAAAAUCCCCACAUCGUUACACAAAAGAGGAACUUUUGGACAUUAAAGAGCGCCCUCACUCUAAACAGCGGCCUUCAUGCCUUUCUGAAAAGUAUGACAGCGAUGGCGUCUGGGAUCCUGAGAAGUGGCACGCAUCCCUUUACCCAACCUCAGGGCGAAACUCUCCGGUAGAAAACUUCAAGAAAGAGCUGGACUUGGAGCGGCCCCUGAUGCGGAAGGCAGCAGAUCCCAGAGAGCGGGUAAAAGAAGAUGAUUUAGAUGUUGUUCUAAGUCCCCAGAGACGCAGUUUUGGAGGGGGCUGUCAUGUCACGACCUCGGUCAGCUCCCGGAGAUCAGGGAGCCCCUUGGAGAAGGACAGCGAUGGCGUCCGCAUGAUCGGAGGCCGUAGGAUUGGCAGUGGAAGGAUCAUCUCUUAUAAGGACCACCGCAGUGGGGAUAAAGACUUGAGGGACUGCCGAGACUCAAGAGACCGGGAGAGAGACUACAAGGAUAAGCGUUUCAGGAGAGAAUUUGGAGACAGCAAGCGUGUCUUUGGAGAACGCAGAAGAAAUGAUUCCUAUACAGAAGAGGAGCCCGAAUGGUUUUCUGCCGGACCCACGAGUCAGUCUGAAACCAUCGAGCUCACGGGCUUUGACGACAAGAUUCUGGAAGAAGAUCACAAAGGGCGAAAAAGAACAAGACGACGCGCCCCAUCUGUGAAGGAAGGAAUAGUUUCAGAAUUCAAUGGAGGCGUUGCAGAAGAGGAUGAAGUGGAGGUCAUUCUUGCCCAGGAGCCCGCUGCAGAUCAGGAAGUGCCCAGGGAAGCAGUGCUGCCUGAACAGUCACCAGGAGAAUUUGAUUUUAAUGAGUUCUUUAACCUUGAUAAGGUGCCAGGCCUGGCCUCGAUGAUAGAAGAUGUUCUAGGAGAAGGUUCCGUCUCUGCCAGCAGAUUUAGCAGGUGGUUUUCAAAUCCCAGUCGAUCGGGAAGUCGCUCCAGCAGCCUCGGAUCGACGCCCCAUGAAGAAUUGGAGAAACUUGCAGGUUUAGAACAAGCAAUUCUGUCUCCGGGCCAGAACUCAGGAAAUUACUUCGCUCCUAUACCAUUGGAAGACCAUGCUGAAAACAAAGUAGACAUUCUAGAAAUGCUCCAGAAGGCCAAAGUGGACCUAAAGCCGCUUCUCUCCAGUCUUUCUGCCAACAAGGAAAAGCUGAAAGAGAGCUCGCAUUCAGGGGUCGUACUCUCAGUGGAAGAGGUAGAAGCAGGGUUGAAAGGCCUGCGAGUGGACCAGCAAGGGAAGAACGGCCCGCCCUUCCUGGCCGAGCGCUCGGAGGAGGUCCUGGGGGCUGUGGCUGGCUCCCGGCCACUGGCCAAAGAUGGUGAUAUGUCUGCCUUUAACAAGCUAGUGAGCACCAUGAAGGCGAGUGGCACUCUGCCUUCGCAGCCCAAAGUCAAUCGAAACCUUGAAAGCCAUUUGAUGUCCCCUGCUGAGAUCCCAGGGCAGCCUCUCCCUAAGAACAUCUUACAGGAGCUUCUGGGUCCACCCGUGACAAGACCAGCUUCUUCUCACCUCCUGAGUGGCCUUAUGGGAAGCCUGGAGCCGACAGCUUCGUUGCUGGGUCAGAGAGCCCCAUCUCCUCCCAUUUCACAGGUGUUUCCAACUCGAGCGGCUUCCGCAGACUACUUGCGCCCUAGGAUACCCUCACCCAUUGGUUUUGGACCCAGUUCUCAGCAGUUGCUUGGAGAUCCAUUUCAUGGAAUGCGCAAAUCAAUGAGCCCUGUUGCUGCACAGAUGAAUCAGCUGGAGCUGCAGCACCCUGCCCUGGAGGGGCUCGGCCUGCCCCACGAGCUCGCCAUGCAGGCAGCCAGCUUUUACCAGCCUGGCUUCGGCAAACCGCAGAUGGACAAAAGCAGAGAUGGCUUUAGGAGCAGGCAGCAGCGUGUGGCCAAAUCUCCGGCCCCUGGGCAUCGAGGGAACUCUGCAUCUCCUGCGCCCGCCGCUGCUGUCACGAGCAUGCUGUCUCCUUCCUUCACUCCUACCUCAGUGAUACGCAGGAUGUAUGAAAGCAAAGAGAAGAGCAAAGAAGACCCCAUUUCUGGAAAGCCGGCCAGCGACGGGAAAGAAGAAGGCCAGAGGGCAAAUGAAGAGAACCUUCUGUUGAGUUCCAUGGCGAAUCCAGACCGCGACACGUCCCCUCCCAUGAACCCCAAACUCUCCACGCUGCAGCGAUCGACAUCUUCCACCCCCUUGUCCCAGACCAGCCGCUUCACCAAAGAACAGGACUACCGGCCUAAGGCAGCCGGCAGGAAGACCCCCACGCUGGCCUCCCCAGUGCCCGGGGCCCCCUUCCUCCGUCCUGUCCACCAGGUCCCGCUCGUCUCCCACGUUCCAAUCGUCCGGCCUGCUCAUCAGUUUCACCCAGGACUGGUCCAAAGGAUGCUCGCUCAGGGGGUCCAUCCUCAGCACCUUCCAUCUCUGCUUCAAGCUGGUAUGCUUCCUCCUGGGAUGGACUUGUCCCACUUGCAGGGGAUCUCCGGCCCUCUCCUCGGGCAGCCCUUUUACCCCCUCCCUGCAGCCAGUCACCCUCUCCUGACCCCUCGCUCGGGGACCCCUCUGCAGCUCGCAAUGAUGCAGCAGCAGCUGCAGCGGUCAGUCCUCCACCCCCCAGGCUCCGGCUCGCAGGGAACAGCCAUUGGUGUUCAGACGCCCCCCCAGAACCUGCCGGGCCGGCCGGGCCUGCCCCACAUCCCCCCGCAGCUGGAGCCCCGGCCCAGCCAGAGGAGCGCCUCCCCCGUGGGCCUGGCCAAGUGGUUCGGCUCGGACGUGCUGCAGCAGCCGCUGCCCUCGAUGCCCUCCAAAGUCAUCAGCGUGGAUGAGCUGGAGUACAGGCAGUGAAGCCGGGCCCGGGGCCGCGGACACGUGGUCGCCCGGGCUCUGGGGAGCCCAGCCCGCUCCCCGAGAACCUUUGGCGAGCCCGCGUGGCCGGGGAGCGGAGCCUCGAGCGGCGGCUGGACACCCGGCCGCGCCUCCAGCCCGCCGGCCCUUUUGUCUUGGUUUGUUUUUUUUGUAAGAUAUGUGAAUGAAUGAUGUGCAGGUGACCUCCCCGAGAGGUCACGCCUGAGGGUUGCUCUGCAGAAAUAAAUGUAUAGACUCUCGUGUACAGACUUGUGUAUAAACCCCUUUUGUAUAUACCCGGGAUGGCUUUUUUGGAACUGGAGCUGUACAUAAAAGUAGCUGGACUCCGCGAAGCUUUAGUUGUGUCUACACUUUGGAGUUUUUCGUUUAAUGUACAUCUGGGACUCUUCUUCCUCCCUCCCGUUUUUGGUUUGUUUGUUGGAUUAAAAUUGCAUAUGCCAAGUGUGUGAGUGGAGUGAAUGAAGUUGCCCUGGCCCCUCCUCCUCCCCCCAGCCUGUUUGGGUUAGCCUCCCCCUUCUGUGGGAGCCUCUGCCCCAUGGGAGCCCUGCCAGUCUUCCUCAGUAGACUCCCAGUUGUUUCAAGGAGGGGGGUGAAGAGAAGAGGAACAGUCUUUCUUCUCCCCCCAAAAAAUAACCUCCUCUCUGGGGGUCACAGCCUGGCCUUGAGGGCUGGGGGGGGGUGUCUUCAGAAGUUCAUUUUGUACUGAGCACUGUCCUAGCCCUGCCCCCCCUCCCAGGUGCAGUGACCAGAGGGUGGGCUGGGGCUUGUUCUCCGGGAGCCUCUCGGGACAGACUGACUAGGAGCUGUUCCUCUUCUCCGGCGGCUCUUGGGGAAUAUUGCAGAAGGCAUUAAAGUGAGCCGGUGCCCUGCAGGAGGGGGCCGCUGACCCUGCCGUGUGCUGGCAGCCUCCAAGCUCGUGUGUAAGACUGCUCCUUUCCUCACUGUCUGUAAAUAAAGCCAAUUCUACCA